GGCGCAGUGCGAUGUGGUCUCGGGCUCCGCUUUUAACCGCCUCUUAUUAUCAAGCGUGGUUUCAGCGGCUUGCGCGUAGCAACCCCAGCAGGAGCGCAGCUGCACCGAAGUCCGAGGAUAGCAUCGUGGAUUAGGUACAACAUGGGAAACAGAGAAGCGGCAAAGUCGAUAGAUGAUACAUCAGUCACCGUUCAUCGGCCAAACUUGGACAAAGCCUGGUGUGUUCCAUUGUUGGCCUCGAUUUCGACCUUCCUAUUGACAAUGCCUUUCACCUGCUUUGGUCUCCUCUUCGUGAUCAUCGAGGAGAAGUUCGGGACCACACGGGAAGAGACGUCUUGGAUAGAAAGUGUGUUCAUUAUGUGCAGCAACCUAUCAGCACUCGCAAUAGCUUUUCUUCAGCUGCGCUUCACUCUUUCCCACAUUGCGCUGUUGGCCGCCGUCCUGACCAGCACAGCUGUUAUUGCAUCUGCAUUCGCUCCAAACGUGAUUUGGAUGAGCAUCGUUUUCGGUGGUGCUUAUGGUUUUGCAGUCAAGCUAUUCGUGGCAGCCGUUUCAAUCUACACGAUGCUGUACUUCGACAAGUACCGGGCGACAGCGCAGUCCUUCAUCAGCUCCUCUCAAGGCGCAGCUGGCAUGGCGGGCCAAUCUCUGCUGUUGUGGCUCGAGAAGAGCUACGGCUUCGCAGGAGCGUUGGUCGUACUCGGAGGGAUACUCCUGCACGCUGUACCACUCACCAUGCUUCUGAACGAACACCGCGGGAUAGGAUUUACUUGCUUCCGAAGAAGGAAGUCGUCAGCGUUUGACGGCAACAUCGUCGUUACCCCUGCGAUCUCUCGUUCAAGCAAAUCUGCGCUUUUAAAGUCGGCACAGCAGCGGAAGUUCUCAGAAGUACAAGGCAGCGCGGAACAGAAGCUUGCCUUUGGAGUUGUAAAUAAUAAUUCUAUUACAAGGGAAAAAGCACUCUCUUCUGAAGUUACUUGUGCAGAAGCAAAAUCAUCAUUUGAGGGUGCUAUGUUGCAAGAAUAUAGUGCAAAAAAUUCUCCGAGCAAUUUCUCAAUAACUCGAAGCGAAAGUUUGUUCCCUUUAAAAACAGCGCCCAAAACUCCACUAUCAAAUUUAGGACCAAAAUUAAACACUUCACCAAAUCGGAUGGUUGCGCCAAAACAAAGCUGUUCCUUAAAAAUUGCGCUUUCAUUGUUUAAAGAACCAGCAUUUUACGUUUUACUCGUAGGAUUUGUAGUUGGAGAUUACACUGAAAUUGUGUUCCUCGCCACGGCCGUCGAAUACGCUCAGGAUAAGUCAGUAAGCGUCCAGAAAAGCGAACAACUAGUCACUCUGUGGUUUCUAGGACAGUUUCUCGGCAGUGGCCUUUUACCGCUGUUAGCCGACUGCGUGGGGCACAGCCGUUCAAUUUUCUAUGUGGUCACUUUCGCCCUUUCCUCCGUCUCUCUGGUGGUGCUGCCUCAUGUGAUGGACAUUCCGAGCCUUUCCGUUGUCCUGCCGAUACACGGCAUGGCAAUGGGCUUCAUCAGGUGCGUCAAGUGCGUAGUUAUAGCCGAUCAAGUUGGCCCUGAACGGACGGCAGCUUGUUGGGGCAUCAGCGGGCUGGCGAUAAUCCCCUUAUCUUUGGCCAACCCAAUGAUCAUUGGUUUCUUUCGGGAUUCGGGAGGUUCAUACGACAACUUCUACAGGAUGCUUGGUGGAAUCAACUUCUUCGUGAUGGUUCAGCUUGCUGUCUUCCUUGUCUGCAGCAAAAAGGAGAAUAACGCAACUGUAACGGCGGUCAUUUGCACAACUAGCACCGUCAUACACGAGGAAAAAGCGUGGCCACUUCCUCUGGUGUCCUGAUUCUGAAGCGCACUUGUGUUGGGCUUGUAGGGGUAUUUUAGGAAUAAGUACGGUACUUUUUUAGUACCUUGAGGUUCUCCUUCUCGCAUAAAGUCUCCAGAUCAUGUGCAUAGGAAAAGAUUGUUCAUGGGAAUGCGUGCAGAGCUCUCAAUUUCUACUUGCUCAAUAUUCAAGAGAAAGCACGAGCGCAUAGUCUCGGUCAGUUUUACGUCUAAGCAUAAAAACUUGGUGUGGCAGCUACAAUUCAGUACAGCAAUAUAGAGGAGUGCAUCUAGGACGACACAGCGUCGCUAUUCAGUUCAAAAUGAAAAUUAAGAGAUGUACCGCUGCACGAAAUUGCCCAUUCCAGAGGCACCUUUACAAAUCGUGGUACAUAUUGCAUUCAAAAUAGGCCAUUCAUAAAAUUUCGGUAGAAUAAUAAUAGGCAUAUAGUAGUGAUUGGCUGACGUAAGGCAAGGGUAAUCGGAAAUGGCUGGGAGAGGUGUUCAUUGACCCUGCAUUGGACAAGAAAUAGACGGAGUAUAAUUAUAUUUUUAUUAUAAUGACGACAAUAUCGACAACUUUUUAAUUGCGGAUAGAUACUGUGACUUCACUUUUCCAUUGUUCUACAAUGUUUGCAAGGACCAACAUCCAACAUUAUUCAUUAGAAUAAGUUCAAAAUAGAUACUGAACCGUGAAUACACUAGCAACUAAUUAUUGAAAGCAAAGUGAUAUAUCAGCGAAGAAUGCUUAGAGGUAGUGUGCUGAAAGGUGAAACACAGAUCCUCUAAGGUCAUCUAUGCGCUGAUGAUUCAGAGAUAACAAGAAGCCGUGCGAAGCUACAGGCAAACAACUAGAGGCAAACAAAAAGCCGUGGAAAGAUGACAACGACAAGACAACAAAAA